AUGUGCUCGCCAAGAUCCGACGACUUCCAGCCGCCGUGGGUCUGGUGCGAGUGCCGCCAUGGAGUUUGGCUUCGACCUCGUCAAGAAUCGGCAACGACGCCGGUGACAGUAGUCUCGUUCAGCGCACUUAGCAGCGACAAGCGCACGCGUGCGCCUGCUCUUUGCUGCAGCUUCCAACCAGACCAGCGGAACAAAGCCAGGCGCGACCGCUGGCAGGAGACCGUCUUCGUCGGCUUGCAGAAACUCAAUUAUUUUUCGAAUCGGACCAAGGGCACAAUUCCACUUGCCAAAUGCUGCAUGAGCUCGGUUAACUCAUGCACGUCGAGCAGAAGCCACUCGGGUCGUCUUAGUCCAUCUCGCCUCCUCUCCUCCCCUUUCGUGUCUGACGGCCCGUCACGACGCAGAGCUGCUUCCUCAAAUGCAAGCGCUGUCCGAACUGCCAACGGACGAUCCGAAGCGCUGCUUGCUGCGCUAGGCUGUCAUGCCAUCGUGCAGAGCGAGGCUCAGAGCUGCGCUUUCCGAAUGGUGCUGCUAGAACUUCACUGA